AGAAGCACACGCCCGUUUCCCUCACGCGUUGUCGCGGUAUCACCAAUCACUCGCACCACCCAACUCCUAUCAUACUCCGCGCCGACGCCCUUUUAUAUCUCAACAUGUCCAUGCUUGACGUCGACAUGUCACGAACACCCAACCGCCUCACGGCCUCAACAAUCCGAGGAGGCGAGCCGGGCUCGCCACGGGAACCAUCUGCACCUUGCUCUCCUCAGACCCCCGAUCACAGCAACGCGGCGUUGAAUGGCUCAGGCAGCUCUCAACGUCGCUGCUACUGUGGCAAUCCAAUCCGCACUCGCACGGGCACGUACUACUGCAGUACUGACUGCGCGCGCGGUGACGCAUUCUCAUCCCUCACCCACGCCCGCUCGGCAUCUUCCAUCUCUCUCCUCGGCGACGCCUUUGAUGACCGACCCUCUCGGACUACUUCGGCGACGUAUAGUGGUGACGACGAAAUGGCCUUCUACCGUCGUAUGAAGCGCCACGAGCGCCGCGAACAGUCCCGCAAGCUGCGCGCUGGCGAAUGCAGCUUGUCGCCAGAGUCCACACGAUCUCCCUCUGCCGUGCCCGAGCUGGUCUCGUCACACUCUCGCAACACUUCCACCGCUUCCUCGACCUACUCCUUUGGCUCAUCAUCAUGCAGUCUCAGCCGCCAUCCCUCCACCUCCAGCCACACACCAUUUACCGCCUCUGUCGUCAUCGAAGAUGCCAUUAUGGAGGACGACGACGAAUUCGCCGACCCAGUGCCAAGCGCUGUUUCCACCCUUCGAGGAGAAGCUCGUCGACGGCUGACCGGGGAGACCAAGGAGCAUACUCCGCUCGUCAUGGCUCGUGGCAACACUUUUCUUCAGAACAUGGCUGUUGAUGACAUGCUAGACGAGAUCAUAAGCAUGGAAGAGUCCUUCCGUGUUCCCGACGACCCCGUCCAGGAGCGCUACCACCGCCGACGGCAGUCCACGCCAGAACGUGAUUUCUUUGUGCCCACGGCCUACCGCCCCCCUCGGACCCCAUCUCCCCCUCUGCGCCGGCGCAAGAGCAUUAUCCCACCCGCUCCAAACGCCCCAGAUCGACGCAACUCGCUGAACCAGCACCGCCCGCCUAGCAUGUAUGCGCACACCUCAUCGCUCUCCGAGUCUCAUACCGCCCUGUAUCUCGCUACUGCUUCACCCGUCCCACCAUCCCACAAACCCCGCCACCGCCGCUCGGCUUCCCCAAAGCUUAGCGUCCGUCGCAGUAUAACCUUUACGCCGCAAAACGCAGGCCCCGCCCUCCCGCGUGCCCCGCGGAGCCGGAUAGAUUCGCCUGGCCUCACCCCCGUUCGCCGCAAGCAUCUCACUCCCACCGCUCACCACCCGCCAAUGGAGGGCUGGCGCUUCCCGACCGCGUCGUCUAACGCUACCCCUACCAACGCACGAUUCUCUUCUACCAUGGGCGACGCACCAGAGCUGUACAGGUCAUCAGAAUCUACCGUUGAGGAGAGUCUGUCCGCCGGUCCCCAGCUAUUGUGGCCCCAAGCAACCCGCAAUCCCGGCGUUGAGCACACUACUGCUCAGCGCCUGGAGCGCAACCUCAACCAUUAUUCUCCCGACGACGAGCUGUUCCAGCCACCUUCCUCGUCUCUGCGCCUCGGCAUGCUCAUGAACUCGGACACCGACGACAUGGACUCGGACGAUGCCUCUACCGUUCGCGGGUCAAUCCGUGGAUCGAUGCGUGACUCGUUCCUCGCACCGAUCCCCCCUUUCACGCGGCGGGGCUGGUAGACAUCUCGCCACGCAGGUAUUUUCUUUAUACCGGGUCUCCGCGGUACAGCCGCGCUUUAAUCCGCCACCAACAUACAUCAUCCAACAGUUGCACACUGCAUUUCCGC